CCAGUGGGCAUAGCUUUUCACAAAAAUGCUAAUAAAUUCCAAAACUAUUUGACAUAAAGUUUAAAACUUGAUAUGUACACUGACAGUUAUCUCAGGACUACAGUCAUAAGGUUUUAGCCCAGUAUAAUCAUAUCAUGGCACUAUAGAGGUCCAAAUAUAAAAAAGAAAUAAAAUCUCUGCAUAGAUUUGCUACAAUGACAAAAGCCCUCAUUAAGAACAUAGGUAUCUGCGUAUUGGAUUUACUCAUCUAAACUUCUGAGUUAUUCCAUAACCGCUUGGCUGAUUCUUAUGAAACUGAAACCAUAUUACUAGAAGGUGGCACCCAGUAACCCAAUAUCAAAUUUUAUGGCAAUUGGCCAAUUUGUGAUGCUAUAAUAGUCUGCAAAAACUGUGAUUAUUAAACAAUCAUAACUCCUGCAAUUUUUUUACUUUGAGGCUUGACAACGUCAGAAGUCCCUCCUCGCAAAACUUCUAGUAGUUCCAAAACUGGCAUAAAGUUAUGAAAUGUGUUAUGUGUAAACAUGUUAUGUGUAUUGAUAGUUCAAGACUCCAGCCCCAGAGGCUUAAUCAAACCACAUGGUGGCGUUAUGCUGAGGAUGCUGCUUGGAUCUUGGGAAUCACUGCUUGCAGCUGUAUUUCUCUUCAUUUUUCUUUUUCUAUUUUUUAAGGCCUGCGAGGGUUUCCUUCCCAGUUUUUUUUUCAGUGUUUUAUCAUUUGUAUCAAAUCAGCUAAAGAUAAACCUAAUCCAAAACACACAACACAAAUAUGCUAGAUCUUAUCUCCCACAUACAUAGCACAGGCUUCGCUGUCCUCUCUCUGAAGUUGAUAAUGAAAAUAUUUUGUCUUUGGAAGUUAAUGUUGUGAAAAUGUUGUGAAAAUGGGAGACGGGAUCCAUUAAAUUAAUGAACUACUGUUAUUUGGAUUUUCUUUUCCUUCCAAAUCAUUCAUAGACAUCAGACUUUGGAUUUAUUUCCUAUAACGAUCAGCCUCCAAACACGAAAGCACCCAAGGCUUUUGGCCACAGUAAAGGGGUUGUGAUGAUGGAUAAAACAACUGGGGUCUGGCUGCUACACAGCACACCAAAGUUCCCCUACGACAGAAAACAAGGCAUAUUCUGGCCUGAAUCUGGAACAAGAAAUGCUCAGAUUUUUAUCUGUGUAACAUUUGCCUACAGCCAAUUUGACAAAAUAGGUGAACACCUCCUGAACAUCAGAGCUUUCCCAUUUGAUCAUUACAUUCCAAAUAACUUUCAUCGAGAGCUCCGCCGUGUUGUAAAUAAAGAAGACAUCAAUCCAAACCAAAGACCUUUCCUGGCCCAGGUGUUGACAUCAUCAGCUGGUCAAACGUUCAGAAGUUUUGCUAAAUACAGCUCAAGUUCAUGCAAUGGCACAGAUAUUUAUCCUCUUAUUGCCAAGAACCUGAAGAGUAACCUGGCUGCCCAGACCUGGAGGGGAAACGCAGAAGAUAAGGAGUCAGACUUCCCUGAAGAGGGGACGGGAGGCUGUUCAGAGGGGACCGGUAACUGUAUGGAAGAGGGGAGGAGGGAAGACAGUCUGGAGGAGGGGACGGUAGGCUGUUCAGAGGGGACAGGAGACUGUCCAGACAGAUGGAGAGUUUCCACUAUUCUUAAAAUAGAGAUGCUUAAAAUGGGCCAGAAGGUUUCAUGGCGCAAUGGACGAGAUCAUUCCAAGUGGUGUGUGACUGAGGAUCAGAAAAAUCCAUGGACCUGUAUUGCUGAUUUGAACAGAGCACAACCGCAACACAAGAGGCCGGGGGGGGCUCUAUGUAUUUAUACGAGACGUUUACGGAGGAUGUUCACGGGUUUCAUUAAGCGUAAAAAUCUUGAAGUAGUUUAGUUUGGUCACAUUUCUGAAGCCAACUGUCCAAUUCAAGUGGGUAUUGUGAUAGUUUUACUGAUACUGCUGCCAUCAAUAUCGUUUAUCGUUUAUGUACUUUAUCGAUACUUUUAUCAGUCAAAACACAGCACUGCUUUGUGCUUAUGACGUGCUUGUGAGUGCUUCAUUAGAGAGCUGGUAUUACCUCCCUAACACGCGACAACCGUUUGACAUAAAUUGCAUUCAGUUUUAUUUUCGUACAUUUUUUGUUUUUAAGUGAGCACACUUUGGGGCGUUUUAACCAGUCCGUCAAGACUGGAUCGCACAGAGUGUAAGGAGUAAACAAACAAUGGAAAUAGCUUAAUCGAAUUACAUCAGCAAGAAAUGUAUUAUUGGCUAACUGCUGUUUUU